GCGACUGUUAAAAAUGAGUAUACUCCAGUAGCUUAGUCUAUGAAAGUGCACUGUGUGCAUUAUUAUCUGUCCUGCACAUAUGAAUCCUAUUUGGAUACUUCUUGUUCCCAUUGGUUAAGAUCAUCUCUUGUUCAUUUCACACAUUGAAGAACACAUUUUAGGGAUGUUUUUUUUUUAGCAGAAAAGACCGAUGAUAACCUGCAGCAGCUUGUCUUUAGACUGACAUGCUGUAAAAAGCAGAAGUCAGGAACUCAGCGUUGGUCAUGUGACGCUGUCGGUGGGCGGGGCUCUGCAUCGUCGCCGGCCAAUAGCAGCGCAGCGUCGCUCCCGUCCAGGUCCCAGCCAGCUCCAUGGGGGAAAAAAACCAGAGAGAGGAGACGAAUAACGGUACACUCCAACAAUAUCUAUGGCGCCGCAUAUCCCCGCAUAUAACCAUAUAAUCUCCUCCUGUGAUACAUACGUGAAUAAAUGUGUUUGGAAACGGACGCGGUGAACGGCGCUGUGGGGCUGACGAAAACAAGCGCUCCUCCAUUGUCUGCGUAGAAAUAAGAAUGGCCUGGAUGUGGAAGAGAAAGUCGUUGAUCGCCACCAGUCUGAUCGUGGCGGUGUCGCUCUUCGUGGUCGUGGUGAACUACUCGGAGAAGCCCUACUUCCUCCUGCAGCCAGUGUUUGGUCAGACAUUCAGCAGCCACUGGAUGUUCUCCAAGCAGCCGUACAAGGCCUUCAAGCCUCACCUGGGCUAUGUUAGCAUCCCCAAACAGGAGCCUCUGAAGCUGCACUGUGAGCUCUGCAGCAUCGUCUCCAGCUCGGGCCAGAUGUUGGGCCAGGCUGCCGGCCCGCAGAUCGACCGCUCUCCCUGCAUCUGGCGGAUGAACAACGCGCCCACGCGGGGCUUCGAACACGACGUGGGCCAGCGGACCACGCUGAGAGUCGUCUCUCACACCAGCGUCCCCCUGCUGCUGCAGAAGCCCCAGUACUUCUUCGGCCAGGCUAACGACACCGUCUACGUCGUGUGGGGGCCGCUGCGAAACAUGAGGAAGGAUGGGAAGGGCAUCGUGUACAACAUGCUGCGACAGGCGGCAGAGAACUACCCUCAUGCCCGUAUCUACGUCACCACAGAGGAAAGGAUGAACUACUGCGACAUGGUCUUCAAGAAGGAGACGGGUAAAGACAGGAUCCAGUCGGGCUCCUACCUCAGCACCGGCUGGUUCACGCUCAUCCUCGCCAUGGACAUGUGCAAAGAGAUCCAUAUCUACGGCAUGAUAAAUGACACCUACUGCAAGACGGAGGGUUACAGAAAGGUUCCCUAUCACUACUACGAGGCGGGCAGCCGGGACGAGUGUGCAGAGUAUCAGCUCCAUGAGAGCGCCCCCUACGGCGGGCACCGCUUCAUCACAGAGAAGUCCGUGUUCGCCAAGUGGGCCAAAACUCACGCCAUCAAGUUCUUCAACCCACCUUGGCAGCUGUCGUGACCCUGGCUGAACCGGCAUGGAAAUACUACACCGUCAUCCUCAUUAUCAUCAUCGUCGUCGUCAUCCGGGGGCCAGCUGGAUCGCUACACUGACAGAGAGCGUGUUCCCUAAUGUGCACAAACAUGCAUUUUGGCACAAAGUCCACUUCAUAUCCAUUUAAAAAGGUUGGCUGAUGGCUGCUUGUUUGUUUGUUUUUGACGGCCACUCAAACAGACAGACUUCCUUUGACCAACCUGGACAGAGAAAGCAUAUCUCCUGCUUCUUGAUAGUCUUUUCCUCCUGAAUUUUGAGAGCUGACGAAAGUGCACAGCACUCUGCUCUUCACUGACUAAUCGAUCCGCUCGCUGCUCUGUGAGUUUAGCAAAAGGAUGGCUCGAAGACUAACUUAAAAAAAAAAAAAAAAAAAGGAGAAAACAACAGGAAGAA